AUGGCCAGCUUCAACUCCAUACCGCCACUCCACAAUGGCGCAACGGCCAAUACCGCUGACGCCCUCGGGCUGAAUGCCACUGGACAACCCAUGGGCAUGGGAAUGGGAAUUGGCAUGGGUGAUCCCUUUGGAUUUGACGAAGCACUUCUUGAUGUCAACUCGGACCUUCACGCCGGCCUCCCUUUUACUCCAUCCGCCUACGACUUCGACAACUUCACAUUCGAUGAUCCCUUCUCCACGACGACAUCCUAUCCUCCCCUCCCGGGGCACUCGCACUCACACUCGCAAGGGCAUAGUCACAAUCACGGCCUGGGCAGCCACACAGCAUACAACCUUCCAUCCGUCAGGGGUCCUAUAGUUGGCCCUGUCGCCGCCGAAGCUGAAGCCGCUCUUAAGAACACCAUCAGCGGCGGCGGCAUCAACGAAGCCGGCUCGCCCUCCGACCUCCUCGACAACAAACUUUUGGGGUUCAGCCCACCCAUUCCCUCCGGACAGGCAACCCUCAUCGACUCUGAAACGGGGCGGUUCGCAGAUCUGAACAUGACCGCCGAAUUAUACGGCAUGUUCUUCGUUGCCGAGGAUGUGUUUUCUGGUAAUACGCCUGAUCAAGGACAGAGUGGACAGAGUCAGGCACAACACCCGGGCGCUAGGCCGUUGGAGUUAACUUGUUAUCGGCGAAAUCUUUGGCAGUGCACGGGGCAGAUCACGCUGCCUCGACCUGCGUUACAAUGUUCGCUUUUGCUUGCUAAUGAUGAUAAUGGUGGUGGUAAUGGUGGUGGUAAUGGUGGUGGUAAUACAAGUGGAGGAGCAGGUGGGAAACAAGCCCAGAUCAAAGAAUUAUGGGCAUCCAUCACGGCCGUGGAAAGUAUCGAGGGGAAACAGACGGAGAUCAUUUCGAUUCCGUGGAAGAGUACGAGUAAUCCUGCUGUCCAGGGACAGCAGCAACAACAACAACAACAGCAAGAAGAACCGUCGAAAACAGCGACAACCCCGCCGAAACAGUUACUCGACCUGUCAGCAGGCCAGGAGGUAGAUGGGAGCGGGAACAGAGUGUUGAUACCCGUGUCCUGGAAACGGUUGCAGUUUAAACAUGCUACGGCAAAUAAUGGGCGGAGAAAAGGGUUGCAGCAGCAUUAUGUUGUGCAGAUUAACUUGUUGGCGAAAACCACUGAGAGUGGGGAGAAACUGAUCAAGUUGGCCGAGAUCCAAUCAGGGCCGGUGAUUGUCAGGGGAAGGAGUCCGAGGAAUUUUGAUAGUAGAAGGGAUGUACCGCUGACGGGCGAUCGGAAGGGGAUGGGGAUGUUGCAGAGGACGAACACGGAGGGGUCUGUUGGCGGCGGUGUUGGUGCUGGGUUUGGGAGUGAAAACGGGAACAACGGAUGCAGCAGCAACCGCAAAACAUGGAUAGAUCGGAUAUGCUUCAGAGAUGGAACUCGUUGGGGAAUCAGGACUAAUUCGGGGUCGGGGUCAAGUCUUUUGUAUCCCAUGCCUGGAUGUGGUGGUGGUGGGUUGAAACAGGAGGGUGGGAAGGGGACGGGAAUGGGGAUAGGUGGUGGUGGUGGUGGUGGUGUUGGUUUGGGACUUGGUUUGGGGUCUGGUUCUGGUUCAGGGUCAACGACGCAUACGAAGAGCGAGAGUAUGAACCAGAGUCAGAAAGAGAAUAUGGGAAGUCCGUCGUUAGAGGCGGCGGAUUUGUUGUAUGAAUACUUCCCGCUGAGUUUGGAUGAUUGGAUGCCACCAGUAGACGCAGUCUACCGGCCCCACGUCGUCCACCACACCAUCGUUCCACCGGAAAUCAAAGCCCAGCAAACGAGAAGCAAAACAAAACGAUAUUUUGCUGCUGAAUAA